CACCCCUUUCAGGAAGUGCGGCCUUUCCGCGAGGCAGUGACUUCCCGGAGCCGCUCCUGACCCACGUGCGUGAGCGCAUCCAUCGCGGGGCCUCGCGAGGGCAUCUUGGUCCCCUUUCAGCCUGACCAGUGGUAACCCCUGCCUGUGGGGCGGGUUCUGACCCGACCCCACCUCCGAGGGCGGUCCUGGCCUAUCAGCGCGGUUCCAAAAGUCGGCGGCCCGGGUGCAGCGGCAAUGGCGGGGCCAGCGGGGGACUGGCCAGAGGCCGCCGCGGCGACCUCGGUCCGGAGCGCGCUGGGGGGCUACCGCGCCUACGCCCGUCGAUGGGUCUUCCUGCUGGUGAUCAGUCUGCUCAGCUGCUCCAACGCCACGCUGUGGCUCAGCUUCGCGCCCGUGGCUGACACGAUCGCCCGGCACUUCCUCCUCUCCACGGAGCAGAUCAACUGGCUGUCACUGGUCUACCUCGUGGUGUCCAUCCCAUCCGGUGUGGUGGCCAUCUGGGUUCUGGACUCCGUUGGACUCUGCAGGGCGACCACCCUCGGCGCGUUCCUGAACUUCUGGGGGAGCGUGAUCCGCUCCAUGCCUUGCAUGGCCCUUGGCAUCCAGGACCCGUUUGUCUUCCUCCUGGGUGGGCAGAGCUUCUGCGCCCUGGCCCAGACCCUGGUCAUCUUCUCUCCAGCCAAGCUGGCUGCCUUGUGGUUCCCUGAGCACCAGCGAGCCACAGCCAACAUGAUCGGCACCAUGUCAAAUCCCCUGGGUAUUCUGGUGGCCAACCUGCUGUCUCCCACUCUGGUGAAGACGGAGGAGGACAUCCCCUUGAUGGUGAGGGAGCUCACAGGCACCUACAUCAUCCCUGCCGGCCUCACAUUCCUGCUGGCCACUGCGUGCCUCUGGGAGAGUGUGCCCCCCACCCCGCCCUCUGUGGGGGCUGCCCAGUCCACCUCGCUGUCAUUCCUAGCUGGGCUGAAGCUGCUCACAAGGAACAAGGCCUACAUGGUCCUGGCUGUGUGCUUUGGGGGCGGCAUUGGCAUCUUCUCCAGCUUCUCAGCCCUCCUGGAGCAGGUCCUCUGUGUGAACGGCUACUCCAGCGAAUUUGCGGGCCUCUGCGGGGCUCUCUUCAUUGUGUUUGGAGUCUUGGGGGCAGUGGCUCUGGGCCUGUAUGUGGACAGGACCAAGCACUUCACUGAGGCCAUCAAGAUCGGCCUCUGUCUGACGUCUCUGGCCUGCGUGGCCUUUGCUGUGGUGUCUCAGCUGCAGGGACAGACCGUCGUGCUGGCCGCCAUCUGCUCGCUGCUGGGGUUCUUUGGCUUCUCGGUGGCGCCCGUUGCCAUGGAGCUGGCGGUCGAGUGCUCCUUCCCCGUGGGUGAGGGCGCAGCCGCGGGCCUGGUCUUUGUGCUGGGCACUGAGGCAGGGCUGAGGGCUUCGUGGCUGUGCAGGCAGGCCGAGGGUGUUCUCAUCAUGGUGCUGCUGACUUCCCUGACCGUGCGCCACGCGGAGCCGUCUGUCUCCACCUGCCAGGAUGGCCAGGGCCCACUGGACUGGAAGGCGCCCAUGCUGCUGAUGGCCGGCCUCUGCGUCCUCUUCAGCUGCCUCUUUGUGCUCCUUUUCCACACACCGUACCGGCGCCUGCAGGCUGAGGCCGAGGCCAGCCCCUCCAUUCAGGAGGAUGAACGCCCAGCAACCGCAGCAGCCCUGGACCUGGACCACGCGCCCUACCUGGCAGCCAUGCCCUGAGGCUCCACCGUAGCACCCUGGUCCCCAGCAGCCCCUUCCUGGAACUGGUGCUCCUGGCCCUGGCUCCUUCCUCCUGGGAGCCCUCCAAGACAUCUCAGGGGCCCUGUAGAGGGCCAGAGGCUGGAGAGCAGUUGGCAUGAGAAAAAGAGGACCUGGGGAUGCGAAGGGGAGGCAGGGACGUGGGCUCUGGUCCCUUUGGCUGGACCUGUUACGACUGAGGCUAGGACGACGUUGGCAUCCUGGGGGGACCCAGGGUUGUGGCAGGGGGGCCCAGGGGAUUCUCUGUGGCCGUAGCAAGAAGAGCUGCUGCUGUGCAGACAAGAGGCCACUGACCAGGGGUACCCCAGUGGCCACACCAGGCCCAGGGUGGCUACUGCAGGGGCUGGCCUGGCACCGGGGGGCCAGGGUGAGGGGGAACUGAGUGGGUGUGGGAUUCCGAAGGCCCCAGCAUGGCUGAGUGUGGGGUGGACAGGUGUGAGGCAGGCCUUCCUUGAAGGAGCCCGUCCUGGGGCCACCUGUGUCCCACCUCUGCUGACCACUCAAUGACCAGCCCUCCAGCCUGCUGCCAGCAUAGAUGGGCAGAGCAGGUGGGGCCAGGCUGGGCAGGAGGUGGAGGCUGGGCCCCAGGCAGACGCUGCUACUCCCUGAAGACCCGCCUGCCCCCAGGGGGUUACCCCUACCCCAGACCUCCUCCACCCCACGGACACUCCCACCCCCAGGAGGACACCUCCGCCCAACAGAGACACUGUUUGUGGGCAGGAAGGUUGGUGGGUUCACAUUUAUUCAACUGGCCACAGCCCCGUGGGGUGGGGUGCCUCUCACUCCUCUUCCCAUGGGCAAACACGUGGCCCAGCACCUUGUAGCCCAGGCUAUGUACAGUAUCGCUGGUGGAGAACUGGAACAUCUGGUCGACCUGCAAGUUUGGUGUGGGGGGUGUCAGGCCCAGGAUGGCAUGGAGGGAGUGGAGGGUCCCCAAGGCUGCAGCCAGCAGGUGAAUUACAGGAACUGGACUCCA